AUGUCAAUCGACUUCGAUGGCGCUGCUCUCCAAACCCAGCAGGACGAGGAUGAAUAUGACCAGGAAGACUAUGCAAGAGAGCAAGAGUUACACAAACUGCUCACAGACCUUCCUGAUGACAUGCUGGAAGACAGCUGCGACUCCUCCUCCCCAGAGCUUGAUUAUGCCACCUGCAGCAAUGGAAAAAACAAUAGCCCACAGGCUCAACAAUCUGAAUGGUCUAGUCGUCCAGUCACAACCUCCCACAAAGAGAAUGUUGGAGUUGACUACAAACAAGACUCUGAUCAUGGUGGCUACCUUUAUCGAGGUGAAGCUCUUCAGAUCGGUGGUCACAGCUGUCACCCUCAAAGCCAGCAUCCAAUUCAUGUAUGGAACCAACAACUUCAGGAUUGUCAAUUCAACCAAAGGGGCAACACUUACACGAGUGCAGUUCCAGAAACAUCUAGAGAGACCAAUGAUUUCUCGACAGAAGCCUAUGAGCCUGAACCAUACACACGUGUAACUAAAAGCCCUGUGGAUUAUGACAGAGAGCGAGGACCAGAGGACCAGGAAUCCUAUGAAGAACUCAAAAAUGCUAAAAGACAUUUCCAAAAUUUUGAAUAUCCAGAGCAAAGAAGAGUAGAUCAUUAUAAGGCCAGCUAUAUCCCUCUCCAAUCUGCCUGCCAACCCAAGACAUUCAGCUCACAGGGCCAUCACCAAGAGGCUCACUUUGACCAUCUGCAGAAAGAAUUCCUUGACAUUGCACAAAAUACUGCUGAUAGCCAGCAGCUUGCUCAGCUGCAGAUUUUAAAUAAGGCCCAAAAGAGGGAAAUUGAAGAUUUAGAACAAAAACUGGAGGAUUCAAGGCGCAACAUGAGAUACCUCGAGCAUCAGUUUGCAGUGGUUAAAGAUGAAAAGGAUGGCUUGGCAGUCAGUCUUAAAGAAUGCAACCAGUUGGUUGAAGAGGCCAAGGAGCGGGAGUUUCAGAUGCAAAACAAAGUAAAGUCAAUGGAGCAGCAAGUACAUGCACUGACUGAACGAGACCAUGAGAACAUAAAGAAACAGAGGAUAGCAGAUGCUGCUGUAGACAGCAUGAAGCAGCAGAUGAUGGAGCUGUGUCGCUCUGACACUUUGUCCAGAGCACGGGAGCAACAUGACCGAGACCUCUCCAUUAUGAAAGAGCAGCAUGAGCUUGUACUGUUGGCACUAGAGCAAAAGCUUGAUUCCAGCUGUCAGGCUCUGAAGGAGCAGACUGAGCUUAGCCAGAGGUUGAGGGAACAGGUGAAACAGCUGGAGCACCAGAGAGAGGAGGAGCAGAUGGAGAAAGCGAAAGUCAUCAACAUCCUUGCUCAGCGUCUGGAGGACAGUCAACAACAGUGUGCCAAGCUGCUCCAGACAGGUUCAGUGCAGGAGAUGGCUCAAAUGCAAAUCAAACUAGAGCAAGCGCUGUCUGCCAAGGCUUUGAGCGAAAACACAAACAAAGUCUUGCAGGAGGAUCUGGCCGAUUUGAAGGGGCAGAUCACACUCUAUGAAUCCGCCGUGAAACAUGGUGUCAUAGCUUUAGACCUUAACGCAGAUUGGGACAACCAGCUGUCUGAAUCCUAUAUGGAUUUAGGAAUCAAGAAGACAAACCGGAAGAACGGCAGGCUUCACAGUACUGUGCUGGCUGACCUGGCAGACCCCAAGCUGCCUAAGGAGGAGGCGCUGCAAGAGCUAAAAGCUGAGAUGCAGCGCUGUCUGGCCAGUCUGCGAGGGAAGAGGCAGAAGAUCAACCAGCUGCAGGAGGAGCUCCAGCUCUCUCAGACGCGUGCAGAAGAGCUAAGGACCCAGCUGGACAAGGCACAUUUCCCCUCUGACGUGAGGAAUACAACAUGCACAACAACCCUGGAUUGUACUCAAGAAAUGACUGGAGUGUCUCAAAAGGAAUUAACAAGACUACAGGAAGAUAAGCAACACUUGGAGGCGCAGCUGGAGGUGCUGGAGGAGAACAACAAAGAGCUGAGGCAGAGUCAGGAGAAGUUGAGGUCUGCCAACAAAGAUCUGUGCACCAAGAUGAGGGAGAUGAUCCAGGAGUUGGACCAAGAGAAGCAGGAGGCAGCUGAACGGUAUGAGAGGAUUCAGCAGCAGUACAGGGAUGACGUUGUGAAACGGGUCAGAACUGAGCUCACUCUGGAACGCGAUGCUCAGAUUGAUCAGCUGGCUGCCCAGCACCAGCAGCAGAUCCAACAGCUAGAAACCCAGCUGUCGGAGGCCAGUGAUAAAAUGGUAGCUGUACAAGAGUGUUACAUAGCGGUCUGCAAGGAGAAAGACAUGCUAGAUGAGCGCCUUCAUAGAGGAGAGAAAGAAGAAGCUUUAAUGAAAGAAAAUGAGAUGAAGAUGAGAGAAGAAAGCAGUGCAGCCAUGGAGAAGCUGAGGACGGCGCUUGAGAUGCAGCAUCAGGCCUCAGUGAACCAGCUCAAAGUUCUUUGGUCCAAAGAAAAGGACAUUGAAAUCCAGCAACAGGUCAAAUUUCAGGUUGCCUUAGUCAAGGCCACCUGUAAGGAGGAACUGGAAAAGAUGGAGAGGACCUGGACUCAGAGGUUGGAGGAGGCUAGGAAAAUGGCUGACAUAGACACUGCUGAGGAAUCCUCUCAGACCGAUGAGAGUAAGGCCAACUGUGUGACAGUUACACUUGAGGAGCUGGAGUCCAGGCUCACUUCCCAGAAAGAGAGGCUGCAGCUGGAAGCUCACAGAGCUAAAGCCAGGGCAGUAGAAGAGACCAGGAAACAGAUUCAAAGUGAGCUUCAGGAGAAACACCUAGAGGACAUGACCAAACAGGUGGAAGGAGCAGUAACCAGGGCCUACAGCCGCUGGGUUGAGGAUUUAACCUCUUUACCAGAGUACAAGGCCAAUCUCCAAAGAGAGGAGGAAAAGUGGAAAGAGCUGCAAGAGAACAAUGUACAACAACAGGUGUCCCAGGCCCUAAGGCUGGCAGAAGAGAAGUGGCAUAAGAGGCACAGAGACCCACUGGUGGAGCAAUGGGUUGAAGCCCAGAGGAUGGACGAGCUCCAGAAACAGGUGGCAUCUCUACAGAACCAGCUGGAGCAAGUGAGGGGACAGCAGGCUGCCCUGCUUAGGGCUGAGUUGGCUGGAGCAAGGGCAACCUGGAACAGAGACAAACAGCAGGAGCUCUCCGCCAUCCAGGUCCGCAGCGAGCAGGAGUGCCAUGCCAAGCUACAAGAGAAGGACAGAAAGCUGCAGCAGGCUCUGCAGCAGACCCGAGAGGAGUCAGAACUCAAGAAGAAGGAACUGUGCCUGCAAAUGGAGACUGAGCGGCAGCAGGCUCUGAGGGCUAGAGAAGAGGAGUGGAGCGCUCAGCAGGCUAAGAAGGAGCAGGACCAGAGAAAGCAGAUCAGGGAGGAAUUUCUGGUAGAGCUUCAGGCUGGGCUGGAAGAGCUUCAGGCACAACUCCUUGGGGACGCCAACACUGAGAAACAAAACACUGAAGGGGCUAUGACGCUGAAUGGGACCACUGCAGAGAUAGCACAUAUCAUUCGGUCAUCAUGCAAAGAUGUGCUCACUAAAGCAGUGUACCAGGCCAAAAAGGAAUGGAAGAAAAUGAGUGAAGAGAAGCUCUGCUGUGUGUUGAAAGAAACGCAAGAACAACACGAGAGAGAAAUUGUCAAAAUGCAAAGCUAUGUGUCCCAAAAGAGAGAGGAGGCCCGCUGUGGAAAACAGUGUGCUGGCACAAUAAGCAGGCUGCAGAAAAAGAACCAGGACCUCCAGAGACACCUGGAGAAGGCCUGCCGAAAGCUCCAACAAACUGUCAAAGAGAACAAGGCUGCCCUGCAAUGCCUCCAAGACGAGCACAAGGGCAGUUUACGUAAGAUAAAGGAAGACCACCUAUUGCAGCUGGAGGAAGUCAAGAGAUCCAGUGAAUCAAUGGGUUCUAAUUGCCAACAAAGUCUGCAGAAUGGCCUUGAAGAGAUGAAGCAGCAGUACUUGACAGCUGUAGAAAAGAUUAGAGGAGACAUGCUACGCUACCUCCAGGAGAGUAGGGAGCGGGCAGGGGAGAUGAUCUGUGAUGAGAUGCAAAGAGAGAGACGGGACACUGCCAGGAAAUUGCGUCGGUAUUAUUUGACCUGUCUACGGGAGUUACAAGAGGAUGGAGUAGAUACCACAAGGGCUGAGAACAAAAUAAUGAAUGCUGCUGGUAAGAUGGAAGCAAUGGCCAAAGUUUUGGAGGCACCUGUCAAAAGGAGAUCUGGAAAGAAUCACAGCUUACCAAGUUCAUCAACAGCUGUUUCUGUCAGCUGCAGCACUUCAGGAAGGAAAGCCGGUCUUCCUAAGCACGUCUUCACAGUAAUUCAGACGCCAGAGAGGUCAGAUGAGUGGACCUGUAGGGAGAAGAGCUACUUUCGCCCAGAUCCUCAAAUGCCCACAGGGGUGAAGAAAAAGCCUUUGAAUAAAGCUGCCCACCAGGAUAUGUGUAUGUCUGGGGAGGAGGAAGCAUCGAAGGAAGCAAGGCUGAAAACCCCGGGCUCUGCUCCUGCACCCCUCUUCUCCUAUAAACCCCCUCAUCAGAUGGCUGCCACUCCCCAGGUGGACUUGGCAUAUAUGUCUGUAAGGUGUAAAAGCAGGGUGGGCUACCUGCAGGGAGUUGACUCCAAUAAAGCAGAUCAUAUCCUCAAUUCAGACUCUCUUAGCAAAGCCUUACUUGUCCAGGAGCCUGCUGUUAGAGAUGAGGGACAGGCUGGCAGCAGUGAGGUCAGCCAAAGCUCAAAUGUGGCCUGCAUGAUCCCUGACUCUGAAAGGAGAGUUGAACCUGUUAGGCCAUUUUCUCCAUAUGCUGCAUCACCCCGUGACCUGGGAGAGUUCAUGAGUCUCACCCAGGACACCUCUGAUGUGACCGCUUAUAAUGAGAUUCCCAUGGUGCCAACCCAUACCAAGACCUUGACCUUCGCUACCACAAAGAGAACUAGGCACAGAGAACACGCACCUUGCUCUGAGGGGAUGCAGAACAGAGUUGGUUCACAAUCUGUUUUUGUAGAGCUGAGGCAGUGCCAACAAGACAGUGGCUUUAACAGUCCUUUUGUUCAACAAUGA